GCGGAGCCGCGGGAGGACACCGCUCGUGGACUCAGUCAAUGUCUCGGACACGGAGCUGAUCUUAAAGAUUUUCUUGCAACCUCGGAGAAAAUAAAGCAGCAUGUCGACCUCCCGUACGAUCAUCUGUUUACUGAGGAAUGACCUGCGCCUGCACGAUAACGAGCUUUUUCACUGGGCUCAAAGGAACGCAGAGUACAUCGUCCCGCUGUACUGCUUCGACCCCAGACACUAUGUGGGAACUUAUAACUUCAACCUGCCAAAGACGGGACCGUUCCGCCUUCAUUUCUUACUGAACAGUAUCAAAGACCUCCGAAACACUCUGCGCAGCAAGGGCAGCAAUCUUGUGGUGAGGCGGGGUAAACCAGAAGAGGUGGUAGCAGACCUCAUCAAGCAGCUGGGCUCCGUCAGCAGCGUGGCUUUCCAUGAAGAGGUUACUUCAGAGGAGCUUAAUGUGGAGAAAAGGGUAAAGGAAGUGUGCGCGCGGAUGAAGGUCAAAGUUCACACCUGCUGGGGCUCCACGCUGUACCACAGAGAUGAUCUUCCCUUCCACCACAUUUCCAGGCUGCCUGAUGUUUACACCCAGUUCAGAAAGGCAGUGGAGACCCAGAGCAGGGUGAGGCCUGUUUUCCCAACGCCAGAGACGCUGAAUCCUCUUCCUCCAGGUCUGGAAGAAGGAGAUAUCCCCACUGCAGCGGACCUGGAACAGCCCGAACCGGUCGCUGACUCCCGCUCGGCCUUCCCCUGCAGUGGUGGGGAGAGUCCCGCUCUGGAAAGGCUCAAACAUUAUUUCUGGGACACUAAUUUAGUUGCGUCUUACAAAGAGACCCGGAACGGCCUGAUCGGGGUGGAUUAUUCCACCAAAUUUGCACCUUGGCUUGCGAUGGGCUGCAUUUCUCCUCGGUAUAUUUACCAUCAGAUCCAGCAGUAUGAGCGCGAGCGGACAGCGAACCAGAGCACGUACUGGGUCAUUUUUGAGCUCUUGUGGAGGGACUACUUCAAGUUUGUAGCUGUUAAAUAUGGAAACAGACUGUUUCAGAUCAAAGGGCUUCAAGACAAACAUGUGCCAUGGAAGCUGGAUAUGAAGCUGUUUGACGCCUGGAAAGAGGGACGUACGGGGGUUCCGUUCGUCGACGCCAACAUGAGAGAGUUGGCGAUGACAGGCUUCAUGUCCAACAGGGGGCGGCAAAAUGUUGCAAGCUUUCUCACAAAGGACCUGGGCCUGGACUGGAGGCUGGGAGCAGAGUGGUUUGAAUACCUGCUGAUCGACUACGAUGUCUGCAGUAACUACGGCAACUGGCUCUACAGCGCCGGUAUCGGAAAUGACCCUCGAGAGAACAGGAAGUUCAACAUGAUAAAGCAAGGCCUCGACUACGACAACAAUGGGGACUACGUGCGGCAGUGGGUUCCCGAGCUGCAGAGGAUCAGAGGAGGUGACGUGCACACCCCCUGGGCCCUGAGCUCCGCGGCCCUGUCGCACGCCGAGGUGUCGCUCGGCGAGACCUACCCCGCCCCCGUCGUGGUCGCGCCUGAGUGGAACAGACACUUUAACAAGAAACCGAGUGGCGUGGGGCCUUCAGCACGAGGAAAGAAGGGUCCGUCUCACACUCCCAAACAGCACCGGGACAGAGGCAUCGACUUCUACUUCUCCAAAAGCAAAAACCUCUGAUGUGCCUCAAAGCAGACCCUGAAGAUGAUACAGACAAGAAAUACUGGAGUUAUAUUUUAUAAGAUUUUUGUUACAUAAACAUGUUUAAUGCUUGAAGGUGAUAUUUCCUUUGGGGGAAACGGGUCUCAUGUCGCACAUUUUACACAUAUUUUAUUUCCUGCUGUGCAGCUGCAACAGUUAAAAAAACCACACUGUGGUUCCUGUUUUCAUGGAGGCGAUCAGUUAUGGUCUGACUACUCAUGUCUUUGAAAUUUGAAAGUGUUUUGUUUGUUUAUUCAUAAUAAAGUUUUACUUUGUCUUGUU